UCAGCGGUUCGAUGUGCACGAAUUUGUUAGCCUACGUUGCAAAAAUCCAGACUCGUCACGAAAGUUGCUCCACUUAGUAUUUUUUUAAAAUGCCGAGAAAAACGCAGCGUGUGGUACUUAAUAACCAGGCAAGAGAUAUUAUAUCAAAAGUGUAUGAUUUCAUGAAAAAUGAAGCAAAAAAUAAUUAUGCGGAAAAACUAACCGAUGCACGAUGGAGAACCGCACAGGCAGCUGGAGUAUCUGAAAGUACAGUGACUAGAAUUCUACGCGAGAAAAGAAAGAAAAAUACAAAACCUGCUACGGAAUCGGAUUCAUCUAUGGAGACGGAUGCAAUAGAUGCUGCAGUCCCAAUUACGGAGAUAACAGUUAAAUCAGAGCCGACUACGGAGACAAAUGUUAAAACAGAGCCGAUUACGGAGACAAAAGUUAAAACAGAGCCGACUACGGAGAUAUCAGUUAAAAUAGAGCCGACUACGGAAUGGGAUGUUUUCCUUGAAAAUGAAGCGAGUACGUCAAAGAGCAGAGAUCCAAUCAAAACAGAGACCACGACACCAUGAACGCAGAAUAUUACUUAGUGACGUAAUGAAAAACUAAUACCAAAUGCACAUUUUGAAUCAAGCUUUUGUUCGAAUAAAUAAAGAUGUCUUGUUCAAUACCUGUCAGCAUGUGGAAAAAAUAGAAGACGACUACAUGAAACACUGUGACUUUAAUUUCCGUUGUAAUAAAUUUAUUGACAUCAGACAUUUCUGAAACGAAUGAUUGACGAUUUAAAAUAAUGUUAUUUUAUUUCAUAAUAAAGUUCUCUGUAACUU